AUGUUCAUUUCUGCUCCAGUGCGGUCCCGCCAGAAAGUAAAAAAGAAUGAUCCUCAAGGCGUUGAAGGCCUGCUUGCAGCAACCCGCACCACCGAAUUCGCCAGUCGAGUGGUUGGUGUGGGCACUUUUCUCCCUCAACUCUCAGCCAAGCGGUUCAGUACCGUUGGAGGCAUCGCCGAGGGAGUUUUCGUCCAGCAGCUAGACUCAUGUAAAUCAUUCAACGACACUCGCUGGACAGAACAUCAGAUCGCCCUCGCCAAUGAGCAGCUUCAGCAUCUUGCCACCUUCGCCAGCUGUGCUAUCUUUUCUGAGGCGAGGCGCUGCAGCCAUGGCGCGAACACCCCCGGAACCCCCAUUGAUGAAGAUACCUUCCCCCAAGACGGGCAGAGAGGCAGUUUCAUCGCGGUGAGCGCUCUGCUCAUGGCCAUUGCAUACUUCUUCGUCGCAGCUUGGCCAGGCCUGACUCCAGCGCGCCUAAAGGCAUAUCGCGUUUGCGAGGCGCUCUUUGACAUCCUCCUGGAUGCAAUCGCGCCAACCCUAUCCUUGAACGUUGAAAGGCACAUCGUCCCGAUAAACGGAGAAGAUGUCAAGGUGCACGCGUUAUUAACGACACGUAGUGAGACAACUGUGCCUGGAGUUCUUGUUACAAAUGGCCUUGAAGGCACCAAUGUUGAAACCAUGGUUACUGUGCUGCGCACGAAAGCGGUACUGUCUAGUGCUUGGUUUUUUAUGGAGAUACCCGGGACAUACGCGUCUAAGCAACCAAUGACCAAGUCUUCGUCAGAGUUGAUUUACGGAGAGGUAUUGACCUUUAUGGCGUCACAUAAACAGGUUGACGGAUCGCGUCUCGGCAUGUUGGGCAUUAGCUUUGGGGGAAACUGCGCCACGCGGAUGGCCAGGGUAGAUAAGCGUCUUAAGGCAGUGGUCGUCAAUGGGGCAUCGUUAGGUCGGUCACUGUGCUUGUCGGGAUCAUUUGGAAUGCCCGAAGUUGUCAUCCGAGCACUAUCCUCCGUUACGGGGGCGAAGACACUGCUAGACCUCAAAAGCAGACUUGAUGCCCUUGUUGGCACCCGGGAGGGUAUCGAACAGAUUCAGUGUCAUGUUUUCGCGAUCAAUGGUGAGAAGGAUACGCUGAUUUCAACGCAGGACACAAUCAAUCUUGCUACUUGGGCUCCCAAUUCUGAGCUUCUUUUAUACCCGGAUGACGACCACUGCGCGAUGGGGAAUAUACAGGAGUGGCUAGAAUACGGUUCUUAG